CCAUCAACAAGAUAUGCGAAACUUUACCUGGGUUGUCAGUUCGAGUCGGUCUUUUCAGUGAGAGGGAUGGGACUCUUACCAAGAAGAAGCAUUUUAUAUAAACUUUUCUUCAUUACCAUCCUGCUACAGGGAUAUUUUCGAUGGGUUGAGGCCCAGCACUGUGUGUGGUACGGUGAGUGUGGGGAGUCCGAAAAGGUGCCCGGAAAAAAAUACAACUGCAACUACACUGGUCCUCCCAUCCCUCUACCCUCUGAGGGUUAUGACCUUCUCACGGAACUUUGUCCUGGAUAUGACUAUGGAAACCGAAGCCUGUGCUGUGAUGUUGACCAGCUGCGCACUCUCAAAGGAAGUCUUCAGCUGCCCCUUCAGUUCCUGUCUCGCUGUCCAGCCUGUUUCUUCAAUCUGAUGAACCUCUUCUGUGAGCUGACAUGCAGCCCCCACCAGAGUCAGUUCUUGAAUGCCACAAAGGUCAAUUCAUCCAGUGUAGUGGAAGUGCAGUACUAUAUUGGAAAGACAUUUGCCAACGCCAUGUACAAUGCCUGUAAGGACGUCCAGGCACCAUCUAGCAAUGUGAAGGCCUUAUCACUGCUGUGUGGCAAGGAUGCAAAGGACUGCAAUGCUACUAACUGGAUCCAGUACAUGUUUGAUAUUAACAAUGGACAGACUCCUUUCCCUAUCAUCCCGACAUUCUCAGAUGUCCCAGUUUCUGGUCACACUCCCAUGAACAACAAGACUUACGCCUGCACUGAGGGCUUAGACGACGGUUCAGGUCCUUGCUCCUGUCAGGACUGCUCAAACGCCUGCGGGCCCAAACCCGUGCCUCCCCCCCUUCCCCCACCGUGGACAAUUUUUGGUGUCGACGCCAUGACCGUCAUCAUGUGGAUCUCUUACAUGGCCUUCCUGCUUAUCUUUUUAGGAGCUGUAAUUGUAGCGUGGUGUUACAGGAAAAGGACAAUCAUGUCGGAGUAUGGCCCCAUACUGGCCAGUAGUAACCCACUGUCUCUCAACAGUGAUAAUCCUGACCAUGUAAAUGCAUCAUGCUGUGAGACUCUUGGCGAGCGCUUUGAGAACGCACUGCGGAAGCUCUUCAGCUCCUGGGGUGCCUUCUGUGUGCAGCAUCCCUCUCUGGUCAUACUGGGCAGCCUGAUACUUGUGGGAGCCUCCUCUGGGGGACUGGUCUAUAUGCGCAUCACUACUGACCCCGUUGAGCUGUGGUCCUCUCCCACGAGCCAGGCCCGUCAAGAGAAGAACUAUUUUGACAGCCACUUUGGACCUUUCUUUAGAACUGUACAGCUCAUUAUAACUACUCCACUCAAUGAAACUUCCAUCUACUCCCCAUACUUUGGAGGAUCAGAUGUCCCAUUUGGAGCCAUACUGGCCAAAGACAUCCUGCACCAGGUGCUGAACUUGCAGCUUGACAUUGAAGCCCUUGUGGCCUCAUACGAGGGUCAAAACGUCACCCUGAAGGACAUCUGCUUGGCUCCGCUCGCCCCGUACAAUGACAACUGUACUAUCUUGAGUGUCCUCAACUACUUCCAGAACAGCCACGCUGUGCUGGAUCACUGGAAAGGAGAUGAUUUCUUUGUCUAUGCCGACUAUCACAGCCACUUCCUCUACUGUGUCAGUGCACCAGCAUCCCUCAACGACACCACUGUCCUCCAUGACCCUUGUUUAGGCACGUUUGGGGGCCCCGUCUUCCCAUGGCUGGCUCUUGGGGGUUACGAUGGCACCAACUACAACAAUGCCACCGCUCUGGUAAUCACCUUUCCACUCAACAACUACCUGAAUGACUCAGUGCGGCUGGGAAAAGCCCUGGCAUGGGAGAAAGAAUUCAUCAAGUUCAUGAAGAACUUCAAAAACCCCAACCUGACCAUAGCGUUUAGUGCAGAGAGGAGCAUUGAAGAUGAAAUUGACCGAGAGAGCAACAGUGACAUCAGCACUAUAGUAAUCAGCUACGCAAUUAUGUUCAUCUACAUCUCCCUGGCCCUGGGUCACAUCCACAGCUUCAGGAGAGUGAUGGUGGACUCUAAGAUUUCGCUGGGCAUAGCAGGUAUCCUGAUUGUGCUCAGCUCUGUGGCCUCCUCACUGGGGAUCUUUAGCUAUGCUGGUGUCCCUCUCACGCUCAUUGUAAUUGAGGUCAUCCCCUUCCUGGUGCUGGCUGUUGGAGUGGACAACAUCUUUAUUAUAGUGCAGACAUACCAGAGGGAUGAGCGGAUGCCGCAGGAGGAACUUCACCAGCAGAUUGGUCGUAUUCUUGGAGACGUUGCCCCUAGCAUGUUCCUCUCCUCAUUUUCUGAAACAGUGGCCUUCUUCCUUGGAGCCUUGUCCAACAUGCCUGCAGUGAGGACUUUUUCUCUGUUUGCUGGCUUGGCUGUUUUUAUUGAUUUCCUGUUGCAGAUUAGUUGCUUUGUCAGCUUGCUCGGCAUGGAUGCCAGAAGACAGGAGGGGAAUCGUCUUGACAUCAUCUGCUGUGUGAAGCUGCCAGAAGGUCAGGAAACAAAGACAGAUGGCUUCCUUUUCCGUUUUUUCAAGAAAAUCUAUGCCCCAUUUAUCCUCAAAGAGUGGGUGCGACCGAUCAUAGUGGCAGUGUUUGUUGGAAUACUCUCCUUUAGUAUUGCUGUCGUGAACAAAGUAGAGAUCGGACUGGACCAGAAAUUAUCCAUGCCUGAUGACUCAUACAUGCUGGACUACUUUAGGAACAUGAGCGAGUAUCUCCACACUGGAGCUCCAGUGUACUUUGUGGUAAAGGAUGGUCUCAACUACAGUAGCCCGGAGGGCCAGAAUGUUGUAUGUGGAGGAGUGGGCUGUAACAACAACUCCUUGGUGCAGCAGGUCUAUACAGCCUCACUCAUCAGCAACUACACAACUAUUGCCUUUACACCAUCCUCCUGGCUGGAUGACUACUUUGACUGGGUGAAGCCUCAGUCCACCUGCUGUCGAUACUACAACACCACUGGGACCUUCUGCAAUGCCUCGGUGGUAAACUCAUCUUGUGUGCACUGUCGGCCCAUGACUUCUGCUGGAAAGCAGAGGCCUGUAGGAGAAGAAUUCAUGCGGUUUCUACCCAUGUUCCUGUCAGACAACCCCAAUGUCAAGUGUGGAAAAGGCGGCCAUGCAGCCUACGCCACAGCAGUUGACCUGUAUCCCAACAACACAGGGGUGGGAGCUACUUACUUUAUGACUUACCACACCAUCCUGAAGGAAUCCCCAGACUUCAUAGAUGCUCUGAAAAUGGCCCGAGUACUGGCUGACAAUAUCAGUCAGUCCAUGGACCAUGAAGUGUUUGCCUACAGCGUCUUCUACGUGUUUUACGAGCAGUACCUCACCAUCGCGUAUGACACAGCUCUGAACUUGAGCGUGUCACUGGCAGCAAUAUUUUUGGUGACAACGGUGUUAUUGGGCUUCGAGCUGCGGUCAGCUGUGCUCGUCAGCCUUACCAUCGCCAUGAUCCUGGUCAACAUGUUCGGCGUCAUGUGGCUGUGGGACAUCAGCCUCAACGCAGUAUCCCUAGUGAACCUGGUCAUGAGUUGUGGUAUCUCGGUGGAGUUCUGCAGUCACAUUGUGCGAGCGUUUUCCAUCAGUGUGAAGAAGAACAGAGUGGAGCGGGCUGAAGAAGCUCUGGCUCACAUGGGCAGUUCUGUAUUCAGUGGGAUCACAUUAACAAAGUUUGGAGGCAUCUUAAUCCUGGCGCUUUCCAAGUCUCAGAUCUUCCAGGUCUUCUACUUCAGGAUGUACUUGGCCAUUGUUCUUCUGGGGGCUGCGCAUGGCCUCAUCUUCCUCCCUGUACUGCUCAGCUAUAUAGGUCCUUCAGUGAACAAAGCAAAGGUGUUUGCUGCUAAUCAGCGUUACGCUGGGACUGAAAGGGAGCGCCUCCUAAACCACUAGCAGGCUGUUUGGGACAAUGAACAAUGAACUAACUUGUCUGGGAGGUACUGUGUGGGUAUGAGCGCAAACAGUUUCCAUGAUUCCUAACACAGUCAUUGUUUUUGCCACUACUAUGCAUGGAUUUAACUCAGGAAUAUACUUGGGAUAGUAGUGCCAGAGGCCUUGCUCAGCUGCAUAUUUAAUGACUUCUGCAGAAGACUCUGGACCCCCACCAUUCCUCCUCACACUACACAACAAACCUGACUUAAGAAAUUUAAAGCAUGAGUGACAUGCCAUGGAACAGAAAACAACACUGACAUGGUGGAAGUAGGAGAGACGCCACCCCCCAAUAUCAGUUUACGGUCAAGCCCUCAGUCAGGUCCAUAUGUUAUGAGCUAUUUUGAUUUGGGAAAACUCAAAAGGGUAAAACUGGUCAGUUUUUUCAUGUUUUUUUAAACAUAUACCAUAAAAAUAACUAUGUUAAAUAGAUCUGUUUUUUUUUUUUUUGUAAAAAUGUACUUAAAUGGGAUUUUUGUAAAACUGUUUAUUAUUAAUAAUUUAGUCACAAACAUGGCACAUAUGGGAGCUAACAGAUAGCAACAGUGAUAGUAUAGGCCCUUAUAAUACCUGGUAUUAACAUGAAUCACAUUCAGAGCUGUGUCCGUAUACAGUAUUAUAAAACAGGCGAGCUAGUUGUAGCAUUUUCUACUAGCAAUAAUAUGUGUUUCCUGUUCACAUAAAGAAUCUGGUGUUUGUCUUAGCAGCUUAUAAGUACUUAGACAGUCAUGUUUUGACACCAGCACUCUGGAUUUGAAAUGAAGGAGUGUCUUUGAGGUUUAAAUGCUGACUUAUAGGUAUUGUAGCUCUUUUUACCUAUGGGAACAUAGGUAAAAAAAACAAAAAACAAAACUACAGUUACCACAUGGAUGUAGAUGUAAACAAACUCAAAGCUGAAAUCUCAUUGUUUCAUUUCAUAUUCAAUUUGCUAUAAUACAGAGCCAAAAGAAAAAGCAAUUUGCUCUCCAAAUUACUUUAACCUGUGCCACAUUUGAUUUUAGAGCUAGUUAAUGUAUCUUAAGUGUCCUUUUGAGAUAUUUGCAUGACUAGGUUGUUAGUCCCUCUUGGGUUCAUUUACAAAUGGCCACAGCAAAAGCUCCUGCGUGACAUCACAGGACCACAGGAUUCAUGUUCAUGCCAGAUUUAGAGGGUGCUAUAAUGCUAAUAAUGGUUUUACAUUGAAGUGUAAAUGAGACACUUUGCAGUUACUGAACAAAACAUUUGUUGCAUGAAGAGCUCCAGAGACAAAGCUUCACAUUUAGCUGCAAAUAGCAUACACAUGACUCAUUUAGCUUUAUUAUUUGGUUAUCUAGACUGUGAUGUACAGCAGGCUGUAGAAUGACUGGAUAAUGGUACAGUCCUGAGUUUUUCAUUCCUGCAUAUUUAAAACAUUUUUUUGUUGUUAACCUUUGACAUUGUGUUACUUUGCAUGGCUGUCCUUAGAAAGUCCCCCAAAGGAAUUACUUAGUUGGUUUUAAAGGAAAAACCAACUAUGCAUGACCUGCACCUCAUCAUGUCUGAGACACUGACUUGUGGAACUGAUCAUACAUUGUGCCUUAAUCAGGGUAAUAUACUCUCGCUAAUUUAAUUUGAAUAGGGUUGAGAUGUUACUGGAAGAGGGAAAGGAUGUUAACAUUUUACCCAUGGUGUGUAAAACCUUCUGGGAACUGAAAGGAACAGUGCCAUUCCUUGUUUUUAGUUUUCUGGCACUAUUUUUCUCUCCAUGAUGCAGUGAUGUUUUUUUGGAUUGUAAAAAAAAGAAAGAACCUGUACGUGAAAAACGUUUGAGCAACUGACUGAAAAUUUGUAGCGUGAAUAAUUAAGAAUUGUGCUUGUUAACAGUGCAUUGACAUGGACAAAUAAUCUCUGACACUGAAGACUAAACCAAGCACUGGGAUACUUUAGAUUUUAAUGGUUUUACAAUAUAUUCACAUCUAUGAAUUUCCUUCAUGUCUCCAAAUGUCUGUCCUAUACCUAUGUUUUUGCAGAUGUACAUUUGAUUUAACAUCAUGUAGUACUUUUAGAAUGGGGUCCCAGUUACUUACAAAGCCACAAUUAAGUCACAUGUUGCUUUUCAGCUCUUGUCUGAAGAAGACUUUUGGAGAAAAAUGUGUAAUUUAGUAAACUCUAGUUACUGCUACUGCAGCAGAAACCCCACAAGAAAUUUGUUGAGAUUGCUCAGUCUGACCACUGUGUGGCGUCAUCCACUCAUGAAGCUCUGUCUGCAUCAUUCCCAACAUGGUGGGAGUGACCCAAUUUGUAUGUCUUGAAGAGAAGCAGCCUUGCAAUGCUUUUAGUUGUCAGUGAAGUGAAAAUGUGCAGGGUUCCAGCAUUUCAAAUGCAGGGUCAACAGAGCAUAAUGGAGCUGGUUGUUCAGCAUUUAAAUCAGCAGCAUUUGGAUAUUUGCACAAAAACUUUGGAGGCCAUCAGUCACUCAUAUCCCAUUCGAAAGUUGCUGCCAAACCUGGAGCUGUGUACCUCCUUCCAGCGUGUGUUGUUGUGACUGUCUAUCUAGCCCUGUUGUCACACAAACCUCCAGCUCAUGACUUAUUUAUCCACUGCCCUGUGAGAGCGGGGACUGUUCUUUGAAUCUGGCUGAGAGAUUAAAAUAUUAAUUUCCUCUGCAGGUCUGCUGUGCUGUCUGCAGGGGAGAAAAUACAGGUUGUGAGAGUACUAUUAUGUAAGAUGUGCAAGGCUCUCACCAGACUCUGACCUGCCCCCAUGUUUUAUUAUGACAUGCACAUACUAUACAGCAAGGGUACUGUAACUGAAUAGAGUGUGAAAAACAUUUUAGGAAAAUAAAAGUAGAAAAAGAGACUAAAUUUAGAUUGCAGUCUUUGCUGACAAAUGUUACAGAAAUAAUCCCACAUUUUUCAUAGUGCAACACAAAAAUUAAUGUCUCUGACUGUCUGAGUAUUGAGAAGAUGCCUUUUUAUGCAAUUUAAAACAUCAGACAAAUUAUGCGUGGCAGUGAUUCUUAAAUGAUAAAAUAUACGAGCAAACAAAAACUGGUUAGUUUAGCCUCAUAUUUUUUUUCAUCAUAUAACAGCCAUCUUUAUAGCACAUGCACUGAAAGUAGGUUUCAUUUAUGUAAAAAAGUAACAGUAUAUUGUAUAAUCUCUUGCUGACAAAGUCACUCAGGAUGAUUUUAUUAUGAAAGAAGUUUUAUUUUAUAAUUAGUUCUGAUGGACCAAGCAAAUCUCCCGCCCACUGAACGUCUGCUGUUUGAAUGAUGGAUUCCUGGAUUAUCAAUCCCCGGAAUUUAAUUUUUUUUUUUUCUUAGAUAACAGGACUAAUCAAGAAAAUAAUCUCUCUGUAAUCUGUGAACUAAUACAGAUCAGGAGCUCUAAUUAUGACAAUCAUAUUGUUUAAUGGCUAUGUGUAGGAUAAAAAUAUGUGCAGAGUUGGUUAUCCAAGUGUGAUUCCACCACAGUUAUUUCUAACUGUUUAAUAUAGAUAUAGGAUUCACAAGGGGAUAUAACUUAAAAACUGAUUUCUUGUGAAUAUGAAUCAGCUAUGCUUCCUAAUACUGGUUUAUUAUCACGUCUGCUUCUAAAACUAUUUUUUUAAAGACUAUGCUAUUUUUUUAAACUAAACAGAUCCCAUCCUAUCUGUGCUCUUCAGCCUUUCCCUGUGUUUGCUCCCACAGUCCUUGAACUGACAUUGGGGCCUCCACCAUACCCACUUAAAAAGUUGAUCUGUGUGUUUUUUUAAAGAUCCAUCAAUAAAUAAGUGUAAGAG